AUGCUUUCCACUGCGUGCAGGGCACCGGUACGAGGGCGGGCAUAUUGCGGAUGUAACCGUGGAUUAGUGUCAUUUUCCUUUUACUCAACCUUCGCUGGGGAUCGGCGUGGUGCCGGAGGGGAUGAGACGAGUGGCGCAAAUAGUGGUGGCAGCGGUGACUCUGGAGAGACCCCGAAGGCAUCAAAAGCCACGGUGGAGGAGCGCCGGCGCAUGGCGAAGAGUUGGGAGAACGCCUUCUUUGGACGUGUGCACUAUGAGCCUGGCAUGCAUGAUAGAUACCAAGCUGCUCUCGAUGCUGAGGUUGAGGAACACGCGACUCUAGACGAAAAGGAUAGGUGUGACAGGUUGCCCAACUGGCCAGAUGACGAGGAGACUCCACUGCAUGAGUUUCUUCAGCUUUCGGAUGCUGCGAAAAAACGUUACAUCGUCAGAAGGUUGACGAUGGGGGAACGGCGUAUCAACUACGCUCCGUAUUAUGGCAGCUUGCUUAUGAUGCAGCAUUUAAAUCUUGGUGAACUGAUGAUCAGUGAUGCGGAACACUUGGUGCGCGAAAGCGGUUGGAUGACUGAGUGUGUGGCGUCCAAGAUUGAAGCGGUUCGGGAGUGCGCUUCCAAGAUUAAAUUUGAAUAUGACCUCGAUUGA